AUGUCGAAAGAGACCUUGGAGCAGCGCUGGACGAGUCUAACCCAAGACGAGAAGUUUUUCAAUAAUGUCGACUGGAAGCCAGUCGCCCUCAUACCGUCCGCCGGGUACGAGAGGAAGAUCUGCUUCCUGGGGUGCGAGAGCCUCGCCUUCCAGAAUCCCAGCGGCAAAGCCAUCUGGGCAACCAAAGGCGAUGGGGAGAUGAUCGUCCCCGCGAACGUGGCAGUCUACCUGAUUCGGGGGAAGUGGAAUCCGCCUCCGCCGGAUCUGCGUUCGCUGGAUAUGACGGAUAACAAGGAAAUCCAAGGAGAGACACAGUUGGCACCAGGUGAUGGGCGCGAUUUUGAUCAUGAACAGGGCAAUGAACCACCUGGACGCCUUAUCGCGCUUCUCCAGGAGGAGCUGGAGAGAUUAAGCAGCAAGAACGAACUUAUCGAGGAUAUCGAAGAGACGGAUGAGGCACUAUCGAACCUCAGUCUCGACAAUAGGAAGUCCGGGUGCCGUCUCUAAGGAUGUCAAAACGAAGUUUUCUGAAGAUGUCUGGUAGUAUUUAGAGUUAGUUUCUUGGAUGGAUAUAGAGAAAGCAAGACGUAUAUUCUAUAUAU